GGCGGCGCUCACUCCCCAGCGGGGGCCCGGGGAGCCUCCAGGCGGAGAGGCUCCCGCCCGCCCGGAGCAGCGGCCUCCGCAUGGAGGGGCCGCUGGCUCCUCUAGCGGGGUCGGGGCUACUCCCGCUGCCGCUGCAGGGAGGGGGAGCCGCUGCUGUUCCGGAGUCCGGAGCCCGGCAACACCCCGGACAUGAGACGGCGGCGCAGCGGUACAGCGCCCGUCUGCUGCAGGCCGGCUACGAGCCCGAGAGCGACUUCCUGAUUCUCCCAGGAUUCAUAGACUUCAUAGCUGAUGAGGUGGACCUGACUUCAGCCCUGACUCGGAAGAUCACCCUGAAGACACCGCUGAUCUCCUCUCCAAUGGACACCGUGACAGAAGCUGACAUGGCCAUCGCGAUGGCUCUGAUGGGCGGUAUUGGUUUCAUUCACCACAACUGCACCCCGGAGUUCCAGGCCAACGAGGUGCGGAAGGUCAAGAAAUUUGAACAGGGAUUCAUCACAGACCCCGUAGUGCUAAGCCCCUCACACACUGUGGGCGACGUGUUGGAGGCCAAGAUCCGGCAUGGCUUUUCGGGCAUCCCUAUCACUGAGACAGGCACCAUGGGCAGCAAGCUGGUGGGCAUCGUAACCUCCCGAGACAUUGACUUUCUUGCCGAGAAGGACCACACCACCCUCCUUAGUGAGGUGAUGACUACGCGGAAUGAGCUGGUGGUGGCUCCGGCGGGUGUGACAUUGAAAGAGGCAAACGAGAUCCUGCAACGCAGCAAGAAAGGGAAGCUGCCCAUUGUCAACGAUCGUGAUGAGCUCGUGGCCAUCAUUGCCCGCACUGACCUGAAGAAGAACAGGGAUUACCCUCUCGCCUCCAAGGAUUCCCACAAGCAGCUGCUGUGCGGGGCGGCCGUGGGCACCCGUGAGGAUGACAAGUACCGCUUGGACCUGCUCACCCAGGCAGGCGCCGAUGUCAUUGUACUGGACUCCUCCCAAGGGAACUCUGUGUAUCAGAUCGCCAUGGUGCACUACAUCAAGCAGAAGUACCCCCAGCUCCAGGUGAUUGGGGGGAAUGUGGUGACAGCAGCUCAGGCCAAGAACUUGAUCGAUGCUGGUGUGGACGGGCUGCGUGUGGGGAUGGGCUGUGGCUCCAUCUGCAUCACCCAAGAAGUGAUGGCCUGCGGUCGGCCCCAGGGCACUGCUGUGUACAAGGUGGCCGAAUAUGCCCGGCGCUUUGGGGUGCCGGUCAUCGCUGAUGGUGGCAUCCAGACCGUGGGUCAUGUGGUCAAAGCCCUGGCCCUUGGAGCCUCCACAGUGAUGAUGGGCUCCCUGCUCGCCGCCACCACGGAGGCCCCUGGCGAGUACUUCUUCUCGGAUGGGGUGAGGCUCAAGAAAUACCGGGGCAUGGGCUCGUUGGAUGCCAUGGAGAAGAGCAGCAGCAGCCAGAAACGAUACUUCAGUGAGGGGGACAAGGUGAAGAUCGCACAGGGGGUCUCAGGCUCCAUCCAGGACAAAGGCUCCAUUCAGAAGUUCGUGCCCUACCUCAUAGCAGGUAUCCAGCACGGCUGCCAGGAUAUCGGUGCCCGUAGCCUGUCAGUCCUGCGGUCCAUGAUGUAUUCAGGGGAGCUCAAGUUUGAGAAGCGGACCAUGUCAGCUCAGAUCGAGGGUGGCGUCCAUGGCCUGCACUCUUACGAGAAGCGGCUGUACUGAGGACGGUGUUGGAAGCCGGGGCAGUGGAGGGGGUGCACCCCAGGAUGCCCCUUUGAGCACAGCCUCCCUCCAUAACUGAGUGGUCCAUAGAUUUGCACUACGGAUUCCCCAGCUCCUUUCCAGGGAGAGAGGAGGGGAGCCCCUGAGGGUCUGCGGCCCCUCCUGGCCCUCCCCUGCAGAGUCAGGACUGUUCCUGGGGCUCGGAUGCCCUGGGAGCCCCCCGGAUCCCCCCUCCUCCAGUCCCCCUGAGCCUAGCCAGCCUGGGCUCUCAGGCCCUGUGCCUGCCUCAGGUCUUUCUCGCUGCAGCCUGCUCCGGCCUGGCUCCCACCCCUGGGGCAGGUGGCCCCUCCUGGCUUCUGUAGGGCACCUCCCUCCCCACUCCCCACCCCAGAAAUGGUGCUCUCCUGGCCCUGCCUCUGGCCCCUUCCUGGGCUGCUGCCCGCUCAGCCAUGUGGCACUUCUGGGCUCCUGACCUAGGCCAGAGGGAGGUCUCUGCCCCCUUCCCCUGGCCCUAGGCUCCCCAGGCCCUGCUCCUCAGGCCACUCCCCCUGUUCCUGGCCCUGGGGAGGAGGCUGCCCGUCGUUCCUGGCUCCCCGCCAUCCCCAGGUGUACCGUUCCUGCCCUCUCCUCUCAGCUGCAGUCGGAGGCUUUAACUUUGCACACUUUGGGGUCACAGUUGCGUCAUUGUAUAUUAAAUAACCUGAAUAAAUCAAGAGGUCUCAAU